GCGGCAGCCAGUUGUCCCCUCGCCGCUCGUUCCGUCGGGAAGUCACCAGAAGAGAAGCCUCCGAAAGGACUGGGCUGACUGCCUUGCUCAGCAUCCGAAGCCACGCCAUGCUCGCCCUCAGAAGCGGCCUGACUAGGGCGCUGGCGGUGAAGACGCCGGUGCCUCAGAUGUGCUCAUCUUUUGCUACAGGCCCCAGACAAUUUGAUGGAACAUUUUAUGAAUUUCGUACUUACUGCCUUAAGCCUUCAAAAAUGAAUGAGUUCAUGGAAAGUAUUAAGAAAAACAUUCAUCUUCGGACAGCUCACUCUGAAUUGGUUGGAUUCUGGAGUGUUGAAUUUGGUGGCAGAGUGAACAAAGUGUUUCAUAUUUGGAAGUAUGAUAAUUUUGCUCAUCGAACUGAAGUUCGGAAAGGCAUAGCCAAAGAUAAGGAAUGGCAGCAAGUUAUCGUUCCAAAUUUGGCUCUCAUUGAUAAACAAGAGUUUGACAUUACUUACCUGGUACCAUGGUGCAAAUUAGAAAAACCUCCAAAAGAAGGAGUCUAUGAACUGGCUAUUUUUCAGAUGAAACCUGGUGGGCCAGCUCUGUGGGGUGAUGCAUUUAAAAGGGCAAUUAAUGCCCAUGUCAAUCUAGGCUACACAAAACUAGUUGGCGUUUUCCACACAGAAUAUGGAGAACUCAACAGAGUGUACGUUCUUUGGUGGAAUGAGAGUGCAGACAGUCGAGCAGCUGGCAGACAUCAGUCUCAUGAGGAUCCCAGAGUUGUGGCGGCUGUUCGAGAAAGUGUCAACUACCUAGUGUCCCAGCAGAAUAUGCUUCUGAUUCCUGUGUCAUUUUCACCAUUGAAAUAGCUAUCUACUGAAAUACCAAGCAUUUCAUUAACUGGCGUAAGAUGUAUCUGCUAACAGGGCUUAAAUUCUCCCAGCAAAUUCUCACUUUUAUCUGAAGGAGGUGGUAAGUUAAUUGACUAUGUUUCUUGCAUUUUUGAAAGCCAAUCUGUCUUUUGUCACUACCCCUUCAGGAAAUAGGUCUGUGCAUCUUCCUGGGGACAUGUCAGUAUCUAUUGUACAUUAG